UUAUAUAUUUAUUCACAUACAAUGAAGUGUGCAUCGUUAAAUUGUAGUACAUUAGACAUUCCAAACUGAAUGCGACAUUACAGUACUUAUGUACAUACACACGCGGAGAUGGUGUAUAAUUCAUGCACUUGAAGCGCAUUGACAAAUGCCGCAACAAGAUUAAACUUAUUAAACUUGAUAGCAGGUGGAGUAGAUAGAUCCAAAUAUUUGAUUAAACCAGCUAUUCAUUUGUAUAAUUAAAAUGCAUUAUAUAACUUAAACGACGAUUAAAUAGUCUACAAAAAUUAAAUUUUUAUGGGUCCAGCAAGACCGUGGAAAUAAAGUGGAUAAAAGCAGCAUGCACUUAAUUGAUACUGACUUUUAGCAUUCAAUCAAGUUUUCACAUCUGUCUGUGUACAUAUAUUGGUGAUGAUUACUGUCAACUAUUCUACAUGCAAAUGUUAAACGCUGCAUGCAAACUAUAUUUUCACAUAAUAUAAUAUAGCGCCCAGUAGAACCAUCUUAUUCCACAUGCAUGCAGUGAUUACAAGCUAAAAGGUAAAUCUAUGUGUACAUAUAAUUACACAAAGAGAGAUGUAUAGAUUAAUCUGUAACAUAUUCUUUUGCUAACUUGUACAUGCAUAAGUGCUUAAAAUAUACAAAAUGGUCGUUGGUCUCUAAAUCUCAAAUAUCGGAUUAAGAAGCAAAAUUCAUCAAUUCAACAUCUGUCAGAUGAAUCUGCUCUGGAUGUUUAAAAGUAAUUAUUUCAACAACGAUGUACUAUUACUCACAAUUAUUCAGUAUAACUCGCACAGACGAAAUACAAGGUCGCUUCUAAAAUAGUCUCAUUCACAGAAAAGCAUAUUUGCAUUCUAGGAAUCUAUUAAGAACUUUAAUUAUGGCGUGGAUGCAUCGGAAAAGAGAUACGCACCAUCCAUUUUUGCUUCUUGUGAAUGGAAAACUGAUUCGUGAUGAAUCCAUUGACCCUGCCUGGUCGCUUGCAUUUUAUUUGAGAGAGAAUCACAUAAAAGGAGUCAAGGUGGGAUGCAACCAAGGGGGAUGCGGGGCUUGUACCGUUUUGAUAUCUCGUUAUUACAAGGAAGAAGAUCAAUUUCGGCAUUAUUCUGCAAACGCUUGCAUCACUCCGAUAGCAAGUGUCCACGGUUCUCACAUCAUGACUGUUGAGUAUCUCUCUGAUGCGAAAGAAAACACGUGUCACGUCAUACAGGAUGCCAUUGUAAAAGGUUGUGCUUCUCAGUGCGGGUUUUGCACCCCUGGAAUGAUAAUGUCCUUGUUGGCAAUGGCCUACACUGAACCGGACACUCGCUUGAAUAUCACGCAGAUCAAGAAAGCUAUUCAAGGAAAUUUAUGCAGAUGUACAGGGUAUCGAUCAAUUUUGCAAGCGUUCCAAAACGUAUCUCUGUGCAACUCAAAGGCUGUUAAUGACAUUGAAGAUAUUGGGAAGGGGAUUCAGAUGUUCGAGUCCCAGAGGACCGUUGUCCCACAUGAUAUGUCUGUACUCACAAGAAUCGAGGCCUUAAUUAAAAAAUUAUUUCGUGAGAAGCCCCACAGUUUCGUUGGUGUUGAGUUCGUGGGACAUAAGCUGACUUGGAUAAGGCCACAGUCGUUAAUUGAGCUUUCUUCCCAUUUAAAAAAGCACCCCGCAGCAAAAAUUGUAUCAGGAUGCACAUCAACAGAAUAUCACCCACAAAGGGUGUCCUUGCUCAAAGAAAUAAUUGUCCAGAUCGACUGGCUGAAGGAAUUACACUCGUUUGAAAUUUAUGAAAACCAUAUUUGCAUUGGAGGCGGACUCGUGAUUGCUCAGCUAAAGCAUCACUUGCAUCAUGCAAUGCAAGCAUUACCAAUAUCGAAAAGGCGAAGUGUCAAGUCGAUCCUUUGCAUUCUUCAGAGAUUCGGGUCUCCCCAAAUUCGUAACUCAGCUACAAUUGGAGGAUGUCUGAGCGUGGACAAUAGUGCGUCAGAUUUGCAGACAUUGGCAAAUGCCUUGGAAUGGAGUGCUCUUUACUUUAAUCCAGUUUCUCAAGCUCACAGCGAAAUCAAAUCAGCAUUCCCCACUCAUCCUCAGUCUCAGAGUAUAAUAGUGAACGUUAAAAUUCCUUUUACAAUGAUGAACGAAUACACCUGGGCAUAUAAAUUGAGCCGUAGGAGAUUUUUUGAUACUGCCAUUCUCAACAUUGCCAGCAAAACCCAAGUUAUCCCGGCUGAUAAUGCAGAUGCAAAAAUCUUUAAGAUAAACUUGUCAUUCGGUGGUUCAGCAAUCAAGAGAUUUUCACUCCUCUUCACUUACGGAACUAAACCAGAAGAUUUAAGUUCAGAACUCUUCAUAAAGAUGAACAACGACAUUCAAAAGGAGAUAUCCUCACAUUUGAAUACGCACAUGUACUCAAUUACUUACAUCUCAGCGCUUGCAAAAAACCUGCUAAAAAAGUUAUACGAGUACCUCCAUGACGCAUUACACCCUUCCGUGUCAUCAAUUCAUCAAGAUCCUGAUGAGAUGGCGUUGACCCAGCUAAAAGCCACACAAAUGAUUGGAACAACAAAGCUGAAGGAUCAAAUUGAUACGGAUUUGGUGUGGAGAGCUAUCCCGCAUGAAUCAGCUUACAAACAUGCAACGGGUGAAGCUGUGUAUUGCGAUGACAUUCCAGGUUUCAAGAAUGAGUUGUUUUUAGAAUUAGUGUGGAGCAAACGAGCCCAUGCAUUCCUGAAAAAAGUGGAUGUGUCCAAAAGCUUGGAAAUCGAGGGUGUUGUUGGAUUCAUCUCUCAUGAAGAUUUAAAGGAUAAAAACAUGUUUGGAAUCAUUGUUAAAGAUGAAGAAAUAUUUGCAAGCGAAAAAGUACGGUGUGUCGGACAACUAAUUGGAGCACUGGUGGCAACUACUCCGUCGAAAGCAAAGUUAGCCGCCGAGCUAGUGGACAUCCAGUACAUUGAUUGUCACCCGAGAAUAUUAACCAUUAGCGACGCUAUUGGCUACAAGUCCUUCUUUGAUGAGCAUAGCACUUCCCUGAAAGUUGGAGAUGUGGACUCAGCUCUGGAAAAUAGUGAACAUGUAAUUGCUGACGAAAUUAAGCUGGGAGGUCAAAUCCACUUUUACAUGGAACCACAAUCUGCGAUAGCCAUUCCCAAAGGGGAAGACGGAGAAAUGGAGUUAAUCGUUGCGACUCAAAACCCAGCUGAAGUUCAACUCUUGGUAUCGCGCACGCUUGGAAUCUCACAGAGUAAAGUUGUUGUCCGCGUUAAGAGAGUUGGGGGUGGGUUUGGGGGUAAAGAUUCGCGAUGUGCACUGGUAGCACUGCCUUGUGCCGUAGCAGCCAAAAAAUUCGGAAAACCAGUCCGUUGCAUUUUGGAGAGACGCACCGAUAUGAUAAUUUCUGGUAAAAGAGAACCUUUUCUAGCUAAGUACGAAGUUGGAUUCAAUUCGGAUGGCCGAUUACAUGCGAUAAGGAUGAAUAUUUAUUCCAAUGCCGGACUGUCAUUAGAUGCUUCCUCGGUCUCGAUUGAGCGGGCUGUUCUUAAUUUGGAUAAUGCAUACCACAUUCCUAAUCUUGAUGUUUUUGGAGUACCAUGCAAAUCAAAUAAACCAUCAAACACCGUUUUCCGAGGGCCUGGAACAGUACAGGGAUCACAUUUUAUCGAAAAUAUUUUGGACAGAAUUGCAGCAAAUUUGAACAAAGACCCUGCAGACGUCCGAUUAGUAAAUAUGUACAAAGAAUCUGACUAUACUCCGUACGGACAAUUGCUUGAAAAUAGCACAAUUCGUCAAUGUUGGGACGAGUGCAUCGAGUCUUCGAGUUAUUAUGAGAGAAGAAAAGAAGCUGAAUUAUAUAACAGCACGCAUUUGUACCGAAAACGAGGACUUUAUCUGAUUCCUUGCCAUUUUGGGAUAGGUUAUAUCUACCUACCUCUUAAUCAAGCAGGUGCGUUAGUUCACAUUUAUCGAGAUGGUUCAGUACUGCUGAGCAUCGGUGGAGUCGAAAUUGGCCAAGGCUUGAACAGUAAAAUGAUUCAGGUAGCAACAAGAGAACUGGGGAUUCAAUCUUCAAAAAUACGAAUACUCGAAACAGCGACAGAUAAAAUCCCUAAUUCUAGUCCAACUUCAGCUAGCUUGAGCUCUGACAUGAAUGGAAUGGCAACUGCAAAUGCUUGCAUAAUCUUGAAAGAACGAUUAAGUUCUUAUGCAAAGAUAACUCCUAAACUGUCAUGGGAUGAAAUCAUUGAGCGGGCAUAUCUGGAUCGUGUUAAUUUAUCCGCCGUCGGAUUCUACAAGACUCCUAAUUUAAACUGGAAUUCAAAUGACAAGCGAGGAAGCCCUUUUAGUUAUUUCGUUUCUGGUGCGGCGUGCAGUGAAGUCGAAGUGGAUUGUUUGACCGGAGAGUACCAACUUCUGAGGACUGAUAUUAUUAUGGACACGGGGAAAAGUUUGAACCCAAAAAUAGAUCUGGGUCAAAUUGAAGGUGCUUUCAUGCAGGGGGUUGGACUAUUCACUCUGGAGGAAAUGGUCACCGAUGACUUUGGGAAUCUUUUGACGACUGGAACCUCAUCGUACAAGAUACCCACGGCACUUGAUAUUCCACUCGAGUUCAACGUUUCGUUCCUUGAAGGGUCUUCCAAUCCAAAGGCAAUCUAUUCAUCCAAGACCGUAGGCGAACCUCCAUUUAUUUUGGCAAACUCUGUGUAUUUUGCGAUUAAAGACGCUGUUCGCCAAUUCAGAAAACAGCUAGGCAUGGAUACAAAGUUUAAGAUGGACUCUCCAGCUACGGUUGAAAAAGUUUUGGACGCCUGUAAUGAUUUAUAUGAACCUCUAAUUGUUUAAAUUGAUGUUCUAAUUUAUUUUGUAUAUAAACUGAGUGAAUUAUUUAUUGUAA